AGUCGACUGUUAAUGUAUACACAUAUAAGACACUUCAGAUCAUCGUCCCGGCUUUGUGAUUCCUUCUGGAAAACAGUGGUACACCCCACCACGAGUCUCAUACCCCAUCCACAGUUUGCCCCCAAGUCGGUGAUUCUUCUAUCCACCCCGUCCAAUUUACCGGCUGUUACUCAGCAGGCCAUCGAGCUCUAUGAUUCGAAAGUUCAAGUGAUAGUUGCUGGAAUUGACACCAUUAAAGGCUCAAGAAAUGGUGUAAGUGCCCUCUGGUUGGAUUCCCAUUUGGACAUAUCAGGAGUGCUUUACCAGGAAGCCAUGACAAAAAACUGGAAGAAAACCGAUUCCAACUUGCAAUUGAACUUCUCCAAAAACUCCAUACACCUUCCCUUGGCCAACUCGUUGUUCAGCACCGGCAAUUUGAUAACCUUGUUCCACUUAGACCCCCGUGGGUCUCCUUUUCAUGAUAAGCUUCUCAAGCUGAUAUCAAUAAAUCUUCCCGAUGAGGUGAUACGGCCAUCGCUUAUCGACAUCCAGGACAGAUGGACACCACUAUUUGAUGAGCCCAUGUACGUGACAAACUGUAUCGGUAACUUGAUCAAGAGCAUCAAUAACAAGUCUGCUGCCAAGUUUUUGGAAACCAAUCUGAAGUUGAUGAGUUUGAAAUCCAAAGAAACAGAAGUGUAUGUGAAAUUAACCCAAACGACUAACGGUGAACCGAUGGAAAACCGAUUUCAAGUCAUAGCUGGUGGAGGAGGAUGGGGCCCCAAAGCUGACACUAUAGUCAUUUCUCCUGAUGCCAAGGUAGCCAAAAAGGACCAGGUUGAGUUUUUCAUGUUGACUCCAGAAGAUAAAACAAGACCUCUACAGAUGCAAGAUUUUGGUGGAUUUGAGUUUGAGUGCAGUGUACCCGAAACCGAUUACACGGUGGAUGACGGUGAAGAACAAGUAUUUGACUCGUUCGGGUGUGGAAGUGAAGCAGGCUUCAAGCAUAACUCUACUAACCACAAAUCUCCUGGUGAAAGAGUGAGCUUUAGAAUCUAAUGUAAAUUUAAUGUCUAUAACCAGUUAUAAAAAGAAGAGCAAUGCACAUAGUAUAAUACACAAAAGGAUCAAUGCAAAACUGAUCACAAUGACCCCGUAGUGUAAACAGGACGGGGCAGAGAAUCGUUUGAAAAUAAGGUUGAAUGCAAGCAUGGAGCAGAUGAACGAGAUGAUGAUGCCAAUGGAAAGGAUGCCGAAAAACCACAUGUUAUCGUUCACCUGGAACUGAUUGGUUUGUUGGAGUUUCAAGAUGCUGAAGGUCAACCCGAACUCGACACUGGCAAUGAAAAUGGACGAAAAGCUCAAUGUCAAGUAGAAAAAUGACAAGAUCUUGUCGUGCUCAUAGUAAUAAUGGUUCAAAGUGGUAUAAUAGUCGACGCUCUGGUUUGAGUUGGAGUUGACCGAUACCGACUGGUAGUCGUUUAUGUAGUCAUUAGAGCCUCGAAGUGAGGUGGUUUCACCGACCCGGUUCAUUCGAGACUUCAAGUGAAUUAGGUUCAACACAAAAUUACUGAGGUUGGAAUUGGAAUUGGAUCUUUUGAACCGUGCUUCUGGUUCUUCGUUCCAGAAAAUCCGGAGGCUAUCAUUGUCUUCAUCCUCUAUCAAGUCAUCGAACUCGUUGGGCCUGCUUUUAUCAUUGGUGAACACAGACAAGUUGAAGGAAGAAGACAUCGACUGGAGGGAACUGUUCUUCUUGAGGUUGGGGCGCAGGCUAUACUGGGACGAAGCCUUUGAUGCCUUUGACUGUUUCUGCUUCAGCAACUUAGCUUGGUGCUCGAGGUCGUUCAACGACAAUUGGUUCUUCAACAUUUUGUCGGUGUUAUCCUUUAAAAUGUAUGAGUCAAAGCUCAAGUCGUUGUUGAAGUUCUCAAUGUUCUCAAAGCUUUUGAACAAAUUCAUGUUGAGCAACUUGGAGAAGUGGUUGUUGAUAUCCUGAGGCACCACGUUGUAGUACGACGAAAGCGUA